AUAAAAACUAUGUCCUCCUCAAAGACAUAGACAUAUACGUCAAUUAUGUCCACACAUAUCCUUCUAUACAUAAGAGAUUCUAAGAAGAGGAUCUUAUCCCAGCAAAGUAUCUAUAAGCUAGAGAUUCUGAAACCCCAACAAAUUCGAUAGUCAUGGCUAAGCUACAACCAAACUCCUCCGUUGUGUGCCUGCUGGUAUUCUCUGUAGUUGUCAAUCUGUCUUUUAUCUUCAAGCUCUAUGGACAUGGAGGUCAGUGGGAGCUCAGUUGGAGCAGAAGGGCAGCGGAAGAAGCGGAACAAGUCGCCGCCGUGCCUUGCUCGGGGCAUGGCAGAGCCUACCUGGAUGGCUUGGUUCUUGAUGGCAAUCAACCUGCUUGCGAGUGCAAUUCUUGCUUUGGUGGCUCUGAUUGUUCUCAGUUCUUGACAGACUGUGAAUCAAACGCUGACGGUGGGGAUCCAUUUUUCUUAGAGCCCUUCUGGAUGGAACAUGCUUCCAAAAGUGCAAUUCUAGUAGCAGGGUGGCAUCGAAUGGGCUAUACCUUCUCCGAUAAAGCUUACAUCUCACAAGAGCUUGAGAGGCUCAUUCGCAAAGUACACGACAUUGCUGGUAAUGCAGUCACUCAAGGAAGGUACAUUGUAGUUGGUGCCGGUUCAACCCAUCUCCUCAACGCGGCAGUACAAGCGCUCUCUUCGUCAUCUAACGAUAGUUCGGACUCAUUAUCCUCUUCACCAGCUAGUAUUGUUGUUACAAUUCCUUAUUACGCGCUUUAUGAAACGCAAACGGAAUACUUCCAGUCAGUAAAUUACAAGUUCGAAGGGGAUGGUUCGCUGCUGAAGAACAUCUCAGAUGGAAGUAAGAGGGUUAUUGAGUUUGUAACCGCCCCAAACAAUCCCGAUGGAAAGCUAAACAACGCAAACUUUGAAGGACCGAAUUCUGCAGCAAUCUAUGAUCGUGUUUAUUAUUGGCCACAUUUCACACCAAUCCCAACUCCAGCAAAUGACGACGUCAUGGUGUUUUCGAUUUCCAAGCUCACUGGCCAUGCUGGUACUAGAUUAGGGUGGGCAGUGAUAAAGGACGAGGCAGUGUACCAAAGAAUGUUGCACCAUACUCUUAUUAGUAAUUUGGGUAUAUCUCGAGACGCACAGCUAAGAGCUAUGAAGCUUUUGAAUGUAGUCGUAGAAGGUGGAGGGAAAGAAAUCUUCAAAUUCGGAUACACCACUAUGCGGAAACGUUGGGAAAGAUUGAGGAACACCUUGUCUUUGUCAAACCGCUUUUCUGUGCAGAGAGAUGAACCUCUAUACUGCAAGUUUUUCCAGAAAAUUAAAAGACCAUCUCCAGCCUAUGCAUGGGUGAAGUGCGAGAGACUAGAGGACGUAGAUUGCUACCAAGUUCUCCAGGAAGAAGCUAAUGUGUACGGCCGCAGAGGAAGUGUCUUUGGUGCUGAAGAUCGAUAUGUACGUCUCGCCCUCAUAAGGAGCCAAGAUGAUUUCGAUAUAUUGCUUCACCGACUGAACCAGUUAGUCUCCAAGGAAGAUACACAGCACAGAAGUUAUAUGAUUAACGUGACAACCGAUCGAUUUUUCAGAGGCAAAACACAUGUAAGUAGCUCAUGACCGGACUAGGUGUUUGUCAUCACUAUUUGACAUCUACGCAGUUGGAGAAAUAAGGGAGUGCUUCUCGUAAUCCACUGUACUUUACUGUCAUUGUCUCUCUCACAUCACGCUGAGAGACCAAACCACUUGACAGUGUUCAAGUGCCAAUGUGUGGAUAUAUAUAUAUAUAUUAAUAUAUUAUCCUGGAAAAACAAUAUAAUUCCUUCAUGCAAAUGAAGAAUCUAGCUAGUAAUCAUAUAUAUGAGGGAACUGUACGUCAAGUGAGGGAGUUUGUGCGCUGUGGCAAUUCUCCUUGUCUUUGGAGAUUGUAUGCUAUCUGCCUCUAUAUAUCUCCUCUUUCCAG